AUGUCCACGCCUUUGAACCCGUUGAAACGUGCCACUGACAGUGCCGACCGCUCGUGCCGCUCCAUCAGCCCUCCCCCGAUCCGCAGAAAGUUCCGCCCUGACCCUGACUCUGACACACACCACGUGGACUCCCACACCGCACAACCACGCCCCCAGCCGCAGUCAAUCUGUAUCUUCAGUUGGAAUGUCAAUGGCAUCGGACCUUUGCUUCAACGGCAUUUGUCAUUCCAUCCAUCAACCUCACAAGCCCUCUCUCCAUUAAGGCUCUUUCUUCAACGUCACCAAUGGCCCCAGUUUCUCUGUCUCCAAGAAGUCAAGAUUGCCAACAAUGACAUUCCUACUCAGCGGAGUCUUCAAUCCGCUGCGAAUUAUGGUGCCCUGUCCAACGAACAUACUUACACAACCUUCUUUUCCCUCCCGACGGACAAGUACAACGCAACAGGGUUCGGCGGCAAGGUAUAUGGCGUUGCAACCCUCGUACGAGAUGACAGCGUCCCUAACGUGAACAUGACCUGGACGCCGGCGUGGAGCCUCGAAGGUCGGUUGCUCAUUCACGAGAUGACCGAUGGAAUGGUCGUCAUCAACGGCUAUUGGGUCAACGGCACCUCCAACCCCUACCGAAACCCCACUAGCGGGGCCAUCCAAGGCACUCGCCAUGACUACAAACGAGAAUUCCACCGACGUCUCCUUGAACACGUUGUCCGAUUCCAAACACACAACAAGCAUGUUGUCUUGGUCGGCGACAUGAACAUUGCCAGAUCACGCCUCGAUGGCUAUCCGAACCUCCGCACCACCCCCAUUCAGCACGUCAAGAACCGGGCCGACUUUAACGACAAGUUCUUCAACUCCGAGGUCGGUAUGCGCGGUGUUGAUGUUUUCAGACACGUCAAAGGCGACCAACCCAAGUACACGUAUCAUCCGCGCGGUAAUAAAAGUUGGGGCCACAGCUGUGACCGAGUUGACCUGAUCAUCGUCAGUGAAUCCAUGAUAGAUGCAGUCGUCGACACGGAUAUUUGUGACAGUGCGACUGAGCGUGGACACAGUGAUCAUGUUCCGCUAUGGGUCUCUAUUGAUCCCUCUAGGAUUAGAACCUGCAGGCCUCCGACGACGGCAACAGUAAUGGAGCAAAUUGAACAACAAGUAACGGCGCGUUGA